CGCAGGGGUUGGCGGCGGCGCCAUUUUGAACUGGUUGAGGGUCGGAGGCGGCGGCUGGCGAGCAGGGUUCCGCGUCCCCCGAGGGAGAACCCGCGAGGAAGGAGCGGACAUGGCCGCGAAUAGGAACUUGAAGCAAGUGCGGAUCGAAAACAGCUCCCCAGCGGCACCGCUGGGCAUGGUGGGGGGUGGCGGCGGCGGUAACCUGAAAGGAUUGCGCGGCCUAGAAGCGGAGAGUGAGGCGGCGGCGGCGGCCAUGGCUCUGGCGCCGAGCAAAGAAGGUGGCGGAGAUGAGGAGCGAGAGGUUGGGUUCACCAUCGAUAUCAAGAGCUUUCUCAAACCUGGCGAGAAGAGCUACACGCAGCGUUGCCGGCUCUUCGUGGGGAAUCUGCCUACUGAUAUCACCGAGGAGGAUUUCAAGCGCCUUUUCGAGCGCUACGGGGAGCCCAGCGAGGUCUUCAUCAAUCGAGACCGCGGCUUCGGCUUCAUCCGCCUGGAAUCUAGGACCCUGGCUGAAAUAGCAAAGGCAGAACUUGAUGGUACUAUUUUGAAGAGCAGACCUCUUCGAAUUCGAUUUGCUACCCAUGGAGCUGCCUUAACUGUGAAGAAUCUGUCGCCUGUGGUUUCCAAUGAGCUGCUGGAACAAGCAUUCUCGCAAUUCGGGCCAGUGGAGAGAGCGGUUGUUGUAGUAGAUGAUCGCGGCAGAGCUACAGGGAAAGGUUUUGUAGAGUUUGCAGCAAAACCUCCAGCACGGAAAGCUCUAGAAAGAUGCAGUGAUGGUGCAUUCUUGCUUACAACAACACCUCGACCUGUUGUUGUAGAACCAAUGGAGCAAUUUGAUGAUGAGGAUGGACUCCCUGAGAAGCUAAUGCAAAAAACACAACAGUACCACAAGGAGAGAGAACAGCCACCACGCUUUGCUCAGCCUGGAACAUUUGAGUUUGAGUAUGCUUCACGGUGGAAGGCUCUUGAUGAGAUGGAAAAGCAGCAGCGUGAACAGGUUGACAGGAACAUUAGAGAAGCCAAAGAGAAACUUGAGGCAGAAAUGGAAGCAGCUAGACAUGAGCAUCAGCUAAUGCUGAUGAGGCAAGAUCUCAUGCGUCGUCAAGAGGAAUUGAGGCGCUUGGAAGAACUUCGAAACCAAGAACUUCAAAAACGCAAGCAGAUACAAUUGAGACAUGAAGAAGAGCACAGACGUCGUGAAGAAGAGAUGCUACGCCAGAGGGAGCAGGAGGAAUUGCGACGACAGCAGGAAGGAGGAUUUAAGCCAAAUUUCAUGGAUAAUAGAGAACAGGAAAUGAGAAUGGGUGAUAUGGGUCCUCGUGGAGCAAUAAACAUGGGAGAUGCGUUUAGCCCAGCACCUGCUGGUAACCAAGGCCCUCCUCCAAUGAUGGGUAUGAAUAUGAACAACAGAGGAACUUUACCUGGCCCUGCAAUGGGUCCUGGUCCUUCCAUGGGGCCAGAAGGAGCUGCAAAUAUGGGAACACCAAUGAUGCCAGAUAAUGGAACAGUGCAUAAUGAGAGAUUCCCUCAAGGAGGCCCAUCCCAGAUGGGUUCACCUCUGGUUAAUAGAACGGGCUCUGAAACUCCUCAGCCGCCAAUGAGUGGUGUAGGUGCCGUGAGUGGUGGACCUGGUGGCUUUGGUAGAGGAAACCCAGGGGGCAACUUUGAAGGACCUAACAAGCGUCGCAGAUAUUAAAUCUUAAUUCAUUCCUUACUGUUUUAGAAAUUCCAGUAAAAUUAUACAGUGAUAUGCCUUUAUAAUUUUAGCUGUUAUCUGGAAACGGUUCUAUUGUUAUUGUAGUCUUUAAAACAGUUUCUUUUGUAAAACUUUUUUUGUAUUCAGUCAUAGGCUUUGUAGUAUAGAGCAGAAAUGAUGCGGAUCAUUAUGUAAGGCGAUGUGUUUGUGACUCUAGCAAAAUACAAUGUGUGACUAUACUGUAAAACGUGCAGUUAUCUGAUUACAAUAAAACAAAAAUCACUGGAAAGGAUUUUGGGAAUGUUAUUGCUAAUAUUCUGAGUAAGAAUAAUUUUAUGCUUAAUUACAAGUGGCAUAAUUUUCAUUUUUACAUAGUUUCUACUAUGUAUCAAGAAAGUUCCAUUCUUAAUAGUGAGUGUUCAGCUAAACUGCAUGGUGCAGUACAUACUAUGAAAAACUUUAAACAUACCUGCUUUUGUUUUGACUUUCAAAGAGCAUAAAAUUUUAUACAAAGUGUUCUCAAAGAUACUGUGUCUUUACAUCUCAAUCCAGCAUUGCAAACUUAGUCACAGUAGUCUUAUCAACAGAGGUUAUCUGUCAGGCUGUUAGAAAAUUUAACUUGGGGAGGGAAAAAAACAACUUUGAAAGGUAUCUCUAUGUAUGCUUUAUUCAUUACAGUGUGAGUGAAUUUACCUAAACCAUAUUUAUAGAGGAGAAAAUCGGUUGUGACAUCUGUGUGUUCUGCUGAUGGUUAAAGUAUCUUCCAUUGCAAGGAAGGAGACAUUUCUGCACGCUGGUUGAAAGCUUUCCGCUGUGUUUGCAAAUCAUUAUUGAUAAGUAUUCAUUUCCCCCAGUGGUUGGUUUGAAUAAAAACAUGUCUGUUAUCGAUGAGUAACUGUUUGAUUAGGAAACAAAUACAUGUUUUCCAGUGAAAAGAAAUGUUCGCUUGUAGUUGAGUAAUGUGCAUUUAGAAGGAUUGCACCACCAGUAUUCUUCAGAAAGAUUUUACAGAACAAGGAAUUUGGAAAAUGCCCAUUUACAGCACAACUCAGGGUAGAUUUGUUGAUUGAGUUUUAGGAUAAAACUGAUAGGCUAUUAGGAAGCUUAUUACGAUUCUGUUUUGUCAGUCUUGGAAGAUGAUGGAAAAGACCUAUUGGUUCUGUUCCUGUAAUAGCAAAUAAGUAGAUGUAUUGGUUAGUUACUAUUGCUCUUUUCCCUGUGCAAAAUAGUUGUAAAAUAGUAGUGUUCUUUUUUGUCAGUUCACUCACAUUUUCAGAGGUAGACAUUACUAAAUUUUACCUACGUGAAUUGUGAUAUUAAAUUGGUUAAAAACUUGAAAUAACCUGAUGCCCCAAUAACAUCCAAAUGAUAUAUACAUAACUCACCAUGGGAUGCAAGCAGCAGAGAGGGCUUUUGUGUGUUACUUGUUAAUCUAGCUGUGAUUGGUUUGGUGGAUUGAAUUUUGAGCAAAUAGUUAACAAGAAAAUUGCAUAAUUACUGGCAUUUUGGAAAUACACUGUUAAUUAAAUUGCCAGUGGUAUAUGGCUUAAAAUACUAUUUUCAUACAAUUCAGGAGUUACCUUAGUGUAACUAAGGUCCUCACUUGUGACAUCUGUACCUGCAAAGCAUUUUCCUUUAGAUUGUCUUUUUUGCUUGACUCAAUACACGCCACACUUUGUGAUACACUGAGUUACCUUUAGAGUCUGAAAUACUCUUUCCCCAGUAUAUGUAUCACAUUAUAAGCACUCAUUCUUAAAAUAAACCUCAACCAAACUGCAAAUGGUUUUACUUGACACACUGGUCCUGAACCUCAAGAUUUGGGAGAAUUACUGUUUUUUCACUGCUAUAAACUAGUGUUUGCAUAUGGCAACUACUUAAGCUGUCUGCUCUAGUGUCCUUUAUUCAGUUGAAAUUGCGGUUUACAUUGGUAUCUAGUAAGGUGUCUAAAUAUAAGAUUGCUUUUUUCUCAUCUUUCUGCCCUUGUACAUGACUUUUUGUAGAGGAUUGAGAAAAUAUUGGUGUGAAUUGGUAGUUCUCAGCUGUAAAGCUGUACAGGGAAAAUGUUUUAAAUACAAAUUAAACUAGAUUCAAAAGGUUGGUUCAUUUUCUUCAAAAGAAAAGGUUGUGUUGUUCAGGCCUUUUAGCUAGGUCCUGUAUAUUUAUGUAUAGAAACUCUCCUUCUUGUAGUAUCUGAGCAUGUUUCAGAAGAACAUUAAAUAUACUGAAUUUGCAAAAGUGGUUCAUACUUCUCAUGCCAGCUUCAUGGUAUUUUAAGUGCACGUUUAUUGCACUGUGUUUUUGGUAGCUAGUGAAGGUAUGCAUGUAUUUGAAGUUAUUGUAGAUUUUAUUUAACAUUAGUGAUUGUCAUUCCACAGUUGUGACCUGCCCUUCCUGUAAACCUCUGACUUGGAUAGAUGGCUUUUGCUGCGUGGUAGCAGUGGAUUUGCCAGCUGUCCUUACUGCAGAAAAUCAUUUAACCUAUUUUUAAAUGUCCAUGAACCAAGUCCUAACAUUAAAUAAUGAAAUGUAUUUUUUGGCAAAUUGUAAAGAGUUAAUGAAGAAUGCCUUUUGUAGCUGAUGACACGAUAAGUUCAGCUGUUGAAAGUUUUCUUUGGGCUGCCUGGUUCAAGUCUAAUGGCAGUGCUUCUCAUUUUGCCAAAUGUGGUAGCAACUGAUCCUAGCUAUAUAAUAAACACCUAAUUUUGUUAAAAAGGGAAUUAUCCCAGAUUUUUUCCUAAAAAUGCAUAGAUGUGGCAGCCAGUGUCUUUGCAUGAAGGUUCUGCCCUUUUGCUAAAGUGAUUCAUUUUUAUUGUUCCUCAUCUGGUUGAUCAGUUUAUCAUUUUUUCUUUAUACACAUGUACUCAGGUUUUUAACUACAUUUGCACUGUUUGACUGGAAAACACAGUGAAGCCUUGACUGUGCUAUAUGCUAUGCUAAAACAAAUAGACUUGGAAUAUAUGUGAAUCUGCCAACUACAGUGCACUUACUUGUGUAAUGUACUUACUGAGCUUUUACAUUGUUCCUGAAGUUUCAUAUUCCUAAACUGCAUGGUUUUCCUAUGAGUUAUAAUUUUGGUACUUAAAGAUAACAAAGCUUUAUUAUUCCAUUUAAGUUAAACACUAUUCUGACCAAUGUGCUCAUUAAAUAAAGCACAUUGAUGUCUUGGGAAACUUUGUGGCAAUCCUAAUAUACUUUUCUGCAUUUAUUUCCUAAGAAAAUCACGAACUACUGUGGAUUACCUAGAAAGAAAAUUCCUGAUGUGUGCUUGUUUUAUUUAUUGUCCGUGUUUUUAAUACAGUUUUACAUAAAGAUAUAAUAAGCUGGAGAUUAUUACUAGAACAAAAAAUAGAUUACAAGAAGACAGUAUGACCUAAAUACUGUAUUAAAUUAAUUUUAAGAAUAAUGCAUAAUAUGCAUAGUAUGCAUUCUGAUCUGAAGUAUGCUACCACAUUUUAAAAUGUUACACAAAAUUCAUUCCCCUCUUUUCCACUCUUGAUUUCAGAUAUAGAAUAAUUUGUAAUUACAAAUUCUUUGAAAGGUACUAAACACAAACAUGGUGACAUUUAUGAACUACAUUUUGCUAAACAGUUGCAAUCUACCUUGAGAUAACUUUGUUCAAAAUUGCUGAAAUAACCAAUCUAAAAGCAGAUUCUCAAGUGAAACCAAAACCCUGUAGGCCUUUUGAAGGGAGAAAAUAUGCUUGGAGGUGAGAUGUUCAGCAAUUAACUGGUGUGCUAUGGUGGCAUGAAGUUCAUUUUACUUAAGUAUGUUGCCAAAAAAUUUUUUUGCGUACUUCAUAAUUUAUCUAUUUUUAUAGCAAGUUGGAUCAUGAUUUUUCCCUUCACAAGUCAAACUAAAGUGUAAUUGAACUAGUAAAAUAGCAUGGAAGGCAGCAACUAGAGUCAGUUUAUGUUGGAUCAGAAAUGUGAAGGGGUUCUAAAUCCCAUUCCCAAGACUUGAGUGUUGCAUAUCCAUGGGUAGUUUAAUGUGUGCAGCAUCUUUUUAGCUUGUGCUUGUGGCCGAGAGUGGGUGACUUCAGAGAGCACAUACCUCCAGUGCAGUUUAAGUGUCUUCUCAGGAGCCCUCAAAUUAUUGAUAUGGGCACUGUGCUGUUAUUAAGAUGCUCAUCUUGGAGUUUGGUGCUUUCCUUGGACUGUUAGCUCACUCUUCAGAUGGGGGGAAUAUCAGUCCAAACUUCCCUGAUUUGGGAGAGGUAAGGAAGGGAGUGUGGCCUAUGGGAAAUGCAGAGGUUGGACAUUACUACUUUAGAUUAUUGGUGUUGAGUGCUAGUUUGGGGGCAAAUGUUGAACAUUUCAGUAAUAGGAAAACAUUUGCUUUUUUAAAAAUUCACUUACUGAAAUGUAGGAACUUAAUAAGAGGAUUGACUAAAAACUUGGAAUACCUAAUGUCAGGUACAAUUUUUCCCAUGGGAUUGUUUUUAUGUUAUCUUUUGUUACCUUUCCAGAUAUACUGUAAAGUAAUUUUAGCAAUCUCACCAGUUAAGUGUAUUUCGUUAAUAGUUUUGGGGUGUUUUCUCCUAAAGUAUUUUAAAAACUGUAGCUGUAGGCAUUUCAGGUGUGUUUUCCUGAAUCCUUGAAAACAGUAAUCCUUGAAAUACUGAAGCUAGUUAUACAAUUGUCUAAAAUGUUACUUGUAGAAUAAAUAAAACUGAAAUGAAUUUUUAAUGAAAACAGUACUUUUAAUGGUUUUAAAUGCAUGGAAACAAAACCUCAAUGUAUUAAUUUUCAGGGGGAUAGAUUUAAUAGGUCUUUUCCAUCCUGAACUUCCUUAAGAUACUCUGAAAGUUAAUAUAAUUGAAAUUUGGAGGCAUCCUUAUUAAUGGCCUCAGCCUGACUUUUAAAAGCAGUGAGAGGAAUUUCUUCUGUUUAGAACAGCAGUCCUUUUUUCCUAAUCGAAGGAGCUAUUUGGAAAACCAUUCAGAGAUAAGCACAGCAUACUUACAGGUAAAACUAUUUAAAAGCCUCUCUGCUCUAAUGAUUAUUAUACACACAAAUCACAUUGAAAGAAAUAUACAACUUUAUAAAUGUGGGUAAAAACUCAAGUGAUUUGUAUGUGGUCCCUUAAGUGGAGAAUAAAAUGCUCAUAAGAAGAGGUACGGAAUUCAAAAGGAACUGGACUGUGUUACUACAUACAUGUGUGGGUAAGGUUUUCCAUUUGUUGGGUAAAUUAUUUGUCUGGAGCUUCUGUUGUUCCCGGAUUUACUAGUGUGCUUUCAUAUCUCAAUUUCUGUAGAGUAAAGCAUAGCUGUAUAAUUUGAUUGAAUUUACAUGCUAAUUGUAUGCGGGAUGUUAAGUGCUUGACUCGAAAGAAUUGCAGUGAGAAUAAAGAUACUGUUCUUGAUUUUAAGUAAAAACUGCGUAGAUCCUUGAACAGGAAUAACUGUGGAGAGUCCUGUAUGUAAAUUGAACAAAAAAUUGGAGAGAGGGAAUAAAGUAACCUAAUAAAAGUGA